GCCGGGCCGGGCUUCACUCGCCGCCUUGCGCCCGGACCCGGAGCGGGAGCGCCGCGGAGCACGGCCGCGGAGGGGGCGCUGCGCUCGGGCUGCCCGAUGCGUGGACUACCUGCCGCCGCCGCUCGUGCAAUAUGCUGCAGCUCCGGAGCGUCUAAGCCGAGUCGCCACACCGCUGCCUGGGCUGGAUCACAGCGCUGCCUUUCCUUAUGAAGAAGACACAAACUUGGAUUAUCACUUGCAUUUAUCUUCAGCUGCUCCUAUUUAAUCCUCUGGUCAAAACUAAAGGGAUCUGCGGGAAACGUGUGACUGAUGAUGUGAAGGACGUUACAAAAUUGGUGGCAAAUCUUCCAAAAGACUAUAAGAUAGCCCUCAAAUAUGUCCCCGGGAUGGAUGUUUUGCCUAGUCAUUGUUGGAUAAGCGUGAUGGUGGAACAGUUGUCAGUCAGCUUGACUGAUCUUCUGGACAAGUUUUCAAAUAUUUCUGAAGGCCUGAGUAAUUAUUCUAUCAUAGACAAACUUGUGAAAAUUGUGGAUGAUCUUGUGGAGUGCACAGAAGGAUACUCAUUUGAGAAUGUAAAAAAAGCACCUAAGAGCCCAGAACUCAGGCUUUUUACUCCUGAAGAAUUCUUUAGAAUUUUUAAUAGAUCCAUCGAUGCCUUUAAGGACUUGGAGACGGUGGCAUCUAAAAGUAGUGAAUGUGUGGUUUCUUCAACCUUAAGUCCUGAAAAAGAUUCCAGAGUCAGUGUCACAAAACCAUUUAUGUUACCCCCUGUUGCAGCCAGCUCCCUUAGGAAUGACAGCAGUAGCAGUAAUAGGAAGGCCUCAAAUUCCAUUGGAGACUCCAACUUACAAUGGGCAGCCAUGGCAUUGCCAGCAUUCUUUUCUCUUGUAAUUGGGUUUGCUUUUGGAGCCUUAUACUGGAAGAAGAAACAACCAAAUCUCACAAGGACAGUUGAAAAUAUACAGAUUAAUGAAGAGGAUAAUGAAAUAAGUAUGUUGCAAGAGAAAGAGAGGGAGUUUCAAGAGGUGUAAUUGUGGCUUCUAUCAACACUGUUACUUUCGUACCUUGGCGGGUAACAGUUCAUGUUUGCUUCAUAAAUGAAGCAGCUUUAAACAAAUUCAUAUUCUGUCUGGAGUGCAGACUGCAUUUUUAUCUGUUCUUGCUACCCAUGACUCUAUAUGGAUGAUUCACAAAUUGGAACAAAGUGUUUUACUGUGAAACUGGCACUGAAUUAAUCAUCUAUAAAGAAGAACUUGCAUGGAGCAGGACUCUAUUUUAAGGACCUGGGGGACUUGUGGUCUCAUUUAGAACUUGCAACCGAUGUUGGGAGAGAAAACACGCGUCCCAGACUGCAUGCACCAUUUUGUAUGCCUCCAGAAGUGUCUAAUUGCUGAAAAGCCACAUAGCUUUAUUUUCAGUUACAACCUGUGGUUCAUAGUUAUCUUGGUCUCUGCAAGUAGAUUUUAUCCUGAAUAGUGGAGAGGUAAUAAUUUUUCUUAAAGGGAUCUGGAAAAACAUUUAAAAACAAAUGAUAGCAUCAACAACUCUACAUGUAGAAAGCAGUGGAAACAAAAUGAUUGGAGUAGGCAGCAUGUCAGCCUUGUAGAUGCUAAUGGUCUGGGUCUGAUCUCAGUCUCUUCUCAGCAUAAACCUACAUCCCACUAGACAAAUGGACAUGGUUAGCUGGAUCUAUCCAUGUCUGGGAGCCAGUACUGAAUUAGAACAGUGAUGCCAUCAACAAAAUAAAAAAAUGAAAAAUAAAAAAUAAACACCUACUGAAUGGGAGAAAGUAAUUGCAAAUCAUACAUCUGAAAAGGGGCUAAUACCUAAAAUCUACAAAGAACUCCUACAACUCAAUAGCAAGAAAAUCUAAUGAAAAAAUGGGCAGAAGAUCUGAAUAGACAUUUUUCCAAAGAAGACCUACAUAUGGCCAACAGAUAAAUGAAAAGAUACUCAACAUCAGUCACCAGAGCAAAUCAAAACCACAAUGAGAUAUCCCCUCAUACCUUCAGAAUGGCUAUUAUCAAAAAGAUGAAAAUUAUUAGGAUGUGGAGAGAGGGGAACCCUUGUGCACUAUUGGUGGGAAUGUAUAUUGAUGCAGUCACUAUGAAAAAUUUUGGGGUUCCUCAAAAAAUUUAAAAUAGAAUUGCUGUAUUAUCUAGCAAUUCCCCUUCUGGGUAUUUAUCCAAGGAAAAUGAAAACAACACUUAAUUCUAAAAGAUAAAUAAACCCCUAUGUUCCUUGGGUUAUUAUUUACAAUAACCAAGAUAAGGAAACAAUGUAAGUCCACCAAUGGAUACAUGGAUAAAUAUGUGUGUACACACACAGGAUUGUUCAGCUCUAAAGAUGAAAUCUUACAAUUUGUGACAACGUGGAUGGAUCUUGAGGGCAUUAUGCUAAGUGAAGUAAGUCAGAACAACAGAUAUUAUAUGAUCUCACUUAUAUGUGAAAUCUAGAAAAGUAAAUUAAAAAUACCGAGCUGAUAGAUACAAAGGACAGAUUGCUAGUUACAAGGGAUGGGGUGGGGGGAGAAAUGAAUGAACUGGGUUUUUUGUUUUUAGUUUAAGUUGAAGAAAAACAUUCAAAAAAAAAAAAAAAACCCUACCACUCCCCCUAAAA